AUGUUUAACAUGCUUAAUGAAGACUGGAAUAUUACUGAUAAAGUAAUUGCGAUGGUUCAUGGUAACGCAUAUAAUAUAAGUAUGGCUGCCAAUUUGUCUGACAACGUACAAUACAGCAUUUCUUGUGCCGCACAUAAUAUACAAUUGAAAGAUGCUCUAGACGCAGUAGAUAUAAUCAAUGAAGUUAUACAUAAGGGCAGUAAAAUUGUUCAAUAUUUUAAUCAUUCUAACGUUGCUACGAUUGCUUUCAUCGAAAAAGAGAAGCAGUUAAAUCUAAACAGACGAAAAUUAAUUCAAAGUUGCCCCACAAGCUGGGGUUCUUAUUAUUAUAUGUGCGAGAGACUAAUAUACAACAGAACUGCAAUUAUGUCUGUUUUAACAGACAGGACGAUUACGAAAUUAAAUAUUGCGGCAAAACUUGAUAUGUCAGAACAUCAUUGGGCAAUAAUAAAUGAUAUAAUUACGGUCUUAAAACCCUUGGAUGAAGUAACUACAACAUUAUGUUCUUUAGUACUUCCCAUCAUUCAUAGUAUUAUUAAUAAUCAUCUCAAAACUAAUGACGUAGGCAGAUCUGAAACGGAACAAUUUAAAAGUGUUUUGGUGACAUCCCUUACAAAUAGGUAUAUAGUCAUAAGUAAUAUAAUAAAAAACAUAGAAAUAGCUGAAACUGUAGAAAAUGCCGCCUUUGUAACAAGUACUACUCUAGAUUUUAUAUUCCACAACUUACAAGGUCUUAGCGGUAGUAAUUCAGAAUUACAAAUAUAUUUGCAAGAUAUUGAAAUAAAUCAUAACAUAUGUCCAUUAGAAUGGUGGAAAACACGGGAACAAAAGUAUCCAAGAUUAGCAAAAAUCGCUAAAAAAUAUUUAUGCAUUCCGGCAAUAUCUGCCAGCUCUGAAAGAGUAUUUUCUACUGCUGGAAAUAUUGGUAGUUCAAAGCCGACGAGCUUGUUAUCAGAAAAUGUAGAUUUGUUAGUAUUUUUGUAUAAAAAUAAAGACAUCUAA